GACCAUUGCCUUCAGCUGUUCAACAAGAGCUAGAAGGUUGUCCAGAGUGUUGCGCGGAUCAUGGCUGGUGUAACAGCUCUCUUGGUUCUUCUCAUAGCUGCUGUUCCGGUCUAUGCCACCCAGUACACGGUAGGGGACUCGCAGGGUUGGACAAGUGGUGUAGAUUAUAGCACCUGGGUUUCAGACAAGACCUUCAAGGUCGGCGACACCCUUUUGUUUCAGUAUGGCUUCCUUCAUAGCGUGGACGAGGUGAGUGAAUCCGACUAUAAGGCCUGCUCUGCCAGCAAUUCCAUUCAAACCUACAACGACCAGAACACCAAGAUCACUCUCUCCAAGGCCGGCAGCCGAUACUUCAUCUGCGGAACCCCCGGCCACUGCACCGGUGGAAUGAAGCUAGCCGUUACCGUCGCGGGCUCCAGCACCACCCCAUCCACACCCGAAGGAUCCACUCCAUCUACCUCGACACCGUCCACUCCUUCUAGUGGUUCUCAGCCUUCCUCCAAGACCCCAUCAACCCCUUCGACCACCAAAAUCAAUGGAGCAACGGGCAGUGGCUUCUAUGCUGGGAAUGCUCUGUUCCUUGGGUUGUUGCUAGUUCUGGGCCGUGUACUUUUGGGCUAGGGGAGAGGCAGUGCUUGAGUCAGAGAUUUACUGGGCUUUGGUCCGUUCCAUUACUGUUUCAUGGUGGAUGGCCCAGUUGGGGCUACUUUGGUUUGUUAUGUGAUUUUUGCUGUUAGAGUGGUUGUGUAACAUAAUAAGAUUUAUGGUUCUUGUUAUUUAU